CGGGCGCGGGGCAGAGCGGGGCGCGGGGCCGAUGCCGCGGGGCAGGGGCGGCCGCCGCGCCGGGGAGCGAUGAUCCCCUACUUCUCCGACAACGCCGUCAUCUCGCAGGGCGCCAUCGCCCAGAUUAUCAGCGAAAGCUUCCUCACUGUGAAAGGUGCAGCUCUUUUCCUGCCACGUGGAAAUGGGUCAUCCACUCCCAGGAUCAGUCACAGGCGCAACAAACAUGCAGGGGAUCUCCAGCAGCACCUGCAGGCCAUGUUCAUCCUGCUCCGCCCAGAAGACAACAUCAGACUGGCUGUAAGACUGGAAAGUACCUACCAGAACCGCACUAGAUACAUGGUGGUGGUGUCCACCAAUGGCAGACAAGACACCGAAGAGAGCAUUGUCCUAGGAAUGGAUUUCUCUUCCAAUGACAGUAGCACUUGUACGAUGGGCUUGGUGCUGCCACUGUGGAGUGACACCUUGAUCCACCUGGACGGGGAUGGAGGGUUCAGCGUAUCAACAGAUAACAGGGUGCACAUAUUCAAGCCCGUGUCUGUACAAGCAAUGUGGUCUGCCCUGCAGAGUUUACAUAAGGCUUGUGAAGUGGCACGGAGCAACAAUUACUAUCCAGGGAGCCUCUUCCUCACGUGGGUCAGUUACUAUGAGAGCCAUAUCAACUCGGACCAGUCGUCGGUCAACGAGUGGAAUGCCAUGCAAGAUGUCCAGUCCCACCGGCCCGACUCACCUGCCCUCUUCACAGAUGUCCCAACUGAGCGGGAACGCACGGAACGGCUAAUUAAGACCAAGUUAAGGGAAAUCAUGAUGCAGAAGGAUUUGGAGAACAUCACAUCAAAAGAGAUACGCACCGAGCUGGAGAUGCAGAUGGUGUGUAACCUGCGGGAGUUCAAAGAGUUCAUUGACAAUGAAAUGAUAGUGAUCCUCGGGCAGAUGGACAGCCCCACACAGAUAUUUGAUCAUGUCUUUUUGGGCUCAGAAUGGAACGCCUCCAAUUUGGAAGACUUGCAGAACAGAGGGGUGAGGUAUAUUUUGAAUGUGACUCGAGAGAUAGACAACUUCUUCCCUGGGCUCUUUGAAUACCACAAUAUUCGGGUUUAUGAUGAAGAAGCAACAGAUCUUCUGGCUUAUUGGAAUGACACCUACAAGUUCAUCUCCAAGGCAAAGAAAAAUGGUUCUAAGUGCCUGGUGCACUGCAAGAUGGGAGUGAGCCGCUCAGCAUCCACGGUGAUCGCCUAUGCCAUGAAGGAGUACGGCUGGAACCUGGACAGGGCGUACGACUACGUGAAGGAACGACGCACGGUCACCAAGCCCAACCCCAGCUUCAUGCGGCAGCUGGAGGAAUACCAGGGGAUCCUGCUGGCCAGCAAACAGCGGCACAACAAACUGUGGCGCUCGCACUCCGACAGCGACCUCUCGGAUCACCACGAGCCCAUCUGCAAGUCUGGGCUGGAGCUGAACAAAAAGGAGAUCACCACCUCAGCCGACCAGAUCUCGGAGGCAAAGACCAACGACAACCAGCAGCCCAUGUCUCCCAUCUACUCAGCUGAGCUGGACAGGGAGCAGCAGCCUCCAGAGGACACAAACAUGAUCGAGGACGUGUGCGCAAAGGAGAGAAGGAUCCACUUAGAGUUUACGUGCCGAGACUUCCACGCUGAGCAGAUGGAGGACAAGCUGAACCUGAACAAUAUCAAUGGUUGUACGACGGGGUGUUGUGUAGACUCUGUCCCCCCUGAUAACUGCCAUUCUUCUGAGGCCUUAAUGCAGCUCCAGCACCCCUUGGAAAUAACGGAGUUUCCUGAUUUGACAGUGGACGAUCUAGAAAAAGAUGCCCUUAAGCCUGAUAUGAACGUGCACUUGGUUCCCAUGGAAGAAUUCACUUCAUGCUUAAAAGACUCUCCUCAAUCCCCAAACCAAAAUUCCCCGAGUCUCCAGCAGAAUCCUCAGCCCGAAGGGACAGACCUCAGUACAGACAGGAUCGAUUUCUUCAGCGCUUUGGAGAAAUUCGUGGAGCUUUCCCAGGAGAGCCGGUCACGCACCUGCUCCCAUUCCAGGCCGGAGGAGCAAGGGAGUGGAAGGAACGGGGUCUCCAGGGUGCCUGUGCUGGAAGUGCCACCUGCUGCUGAUGGGGGUACAGAUGCUCGAAGGAACAGCCCUGGAAACUCUCCUCAGGCAUCAGAUGACUCUUCCACAGAUGAAGAACAACAAAAGGAGGUCCCUGAGCUGCCUAGUGCAGGUCAUCUCACGAGAUCCCACUCGGAAAAUGCCAUUUCUGUGAAGGAAAUUAUCACAGAGAUCGAGUCAAUCAACCAGGGAGCAGGACCUGCCCAGCAGAAAGAGGGCUCAGCCAACCUCAGCCAGACACCAAAGAGGAACACGGUGCAUGACCUGCCAGUGGAGGCCAUUUGGGCAUUGGAAAGGGUGGAACAGAGUGAAGGAGCCUGUGCUGGACACCAGGAAAAGGAGAAGGACCCUCUGCUGACUGAGGAAGAAGCUGCCCCCUCCCUGCAGCCAUCUGGUAAAUCAGAGCUGGAGGAAAGCGGCUCUGCAAGGGAGCAGCAAGAGCCUCGUGGCUCCACCAACCCUGAGCCCAAGUGGUGCCCCGGCUCCGUCCGGCGAGCCACGCUGGAGUUCGAGGAGCGCUUGAGACAGGAGCAGGAGCACCAGCACACAUCCCCCGUCUGCACCUUACCCACCCGCAAGAACUCCAGGAACGACUCUCCUGCUGCCGAGCUCCUGCCGCGGGGGAAGAGUGAGGAGCCGCCCCUGGAGCUGGCUCCGGAGGGUGACAGGGCGCAGACACCGGGCACUGAGGAGCCUCUGCUGCCUCCUGGGGCAGAGCUGCCUGCGCCCCUCACCCCCCCUGCUGCAGAGCCCAGCCUGGGGCAGGAGGGAGCGGUGCAGGAGCACAGGACAGUGGUCUCGUUUGAUGGGACGGAGGAGCCACCCCUGCUCUCCCUCCUCCCAAAGAGAGUCGAAAUCAUCGAAUACACUCCCAUGGUCAAGUCUGCAGAGCAGCACCCUGACACAAGCUGUGAGCAGGGCUGGCUGGCCACGGCCAUCCCAUCUUUAGAUGAAAACUUGAACCCUUCAGUGUGCUUGGAGGAGAAUCCAACCUGUCUCGGAGCUCUGGCGGAUCUCCCCCCGCCGGAGCACGCGGUACGCGAGCAGGCCACCCUCACUGCGGGCAGCCCCAGCGUGGAAGGUGGUGGGUUAUCUGUUCACCUCGGUGCUGCCCCUCCCUCUGCCCAGGUGACCUCUACACCUUCAGCCAGCCUCGACCGCUCUCCUUAUCCCUAUGUGAUCCACCUGGAAGGUGUCACUGAGCAGAGCACGGGUACAGACGAUGAGCCAGUCAUGCCGUGUGGCAUCGAGGGAGACACGACUCUGCCGUUCAGGGACAGACCCAAACCUCUCUGCGGGGGCGGUGACAGCGUCUCAAGGCAGCUGAGCAGGGAGGACUUCACCAGCCAGCAUGCCGAAAACAUGGACCUUCUGGACAUCUCGUUCCUGUGUUACAGCCUCCCGCACAGCCCCAGCAGCCGCAGUGUGGAGGAGCGCAGCAGCAGCCCCGGGCUGGUCAAGCAGCGAGCGAAGGAAAUAGAGGCUCGGAUCCGGCACGCGGGGCUCACCACACCCUCCCACAUGAAACGCUCGGCAUCCUUGGCCAAACUGGACUGCCUGGACCUCUCCAAGGACGACUUGUGCGAGAGGGAGUCUGCCUCAGCCUCUUCCCAUGCCAACCCGGUGCUUCUCACCUGCGUUGCCCUCGGUCGAGGCUUUUGCGAGGGAAGGUUGGAGAGGGGCUCGGAAAGCACGUGUGGAAAGCAUCGCCUUUCCUCCCCAGAGCCCACUAAGCAUUUUGUGGAACAGCUCAGAACAGCCGAGUGCAUUGCCCAGAGCAAGCCGGUGGAGAGGCCGCUGGCUCAGUACGCCAAAGAGUGCGGCUCCAGCCAGCAGAGUUUGUGUUCCAGCACGGAUCCGACGUGGACUAGCUCUGAGGAGGGUCCUCCGCUGCUCCAGGUGCAGGUCCUGGACUCCUUGUCUCCAGCUCAAGGUCUGGCUGUCGCACCUCGGCAGCAGCACGGGAGAACUCACCCUCUGAGGAGGCUCAAAAAGACCAAUGAGAAAAAGCGGACAACCAAUCCCCUCUACAACACGAUGUGAUCCCGGGCCCUUGGCUGUGAUUUCUUACUCAGAACCCGUGGUGUUGCUUUCACACAAGGGGAAGGUGUAAUAUAAGGAACAUGCACUUUACUGGUUAAUUUUAUAUAUAUUGUCAUUUUACUGUUCCUGGCGCAUGUAGGUGUGGGUUGGUUCUUCUGUGUGUGACUCUGACUGCAGGACUGUUUGGGUUUUUUUAAGUUUUUUAACUCAGAUAACCUCAAAUGUUCUUUUUUUUUUUUUUUUGUUAGUUUGUUUUAAAAGAACACCUUUAUCAUGCGAAAAUUGAUGUUGGCUAGCUUUGGCAAGGUGGAGUUUUGCUUAGAACCAGAUCCUAGUUCCUAACUUGAAUUCUCCCCAUGCCUUGAAAUGGUGCUGGGCAGUUGGUGGGGUGGGAGCCCCCGUAAAUGUGAAGGCUGUGCCAAGGUCCCUUUGUUUGGCCUUUUAUUUCUGCAAACUGGAACUCCACCAUGCUGGCAGGUCCCUCACAAAGCUGCUUCACGACAAACCCCCCCCCUGGGCUCAGUUCAGCUGGUGCUUCCCAAAAAGGAGCACACAGGGGUCAAUCCUCCCAAGGGAUGGGCAGCACUGAGACCUGCACUCCUCACCUGCCAUGGGGCACACAGAGCCCUGUUCUGUGGUGAGGUGGGGCAGAGCUCCUCCAUGAGCUGCCAAGCUCGCCUCUACCCCCAAAGCCAGCGUGUUCUUUUAAAACAAACACCUCAUUAGGGUUUUAACCCUCCCAUUACUUGAAUACUGCUGUGGGCCUUCUAAGUUCAUGGCCAUAUCAUCUGUCCUCUGCCCUCCUGCUGCCUCCCCUCUGCCCAAAAGCUGUUCUCGUGCUGCCUGAGUUUUCCUCUCCCCUCUGCUGUGCUCACAGGCAUUUCUGGUUGCUCCCAAACCUCGACCUGUUACCAUUGUUACACAACAGUUGUUGCCCUCAAUGCAAAGCUUUGUCCUCUCUGCUGUCACUCCUAACUCUUGACCCAGGGGGAAGAUGUUUUCUGGAAUUUUUCUUUUUUUUUUUUUUUUUUUUGCCUAAAUUGUAUAUAUGAUAUUUAUAUGAGGGGGGUUUUUUUGUUGUUGUUUCUAUGGGUUUUUAAAAAAAAAAAAAGGGCAAGACUGCAUUCUGUAAACUGGAAAACAAACCCACCUGACUCAAACUCAGUGCUGUUCAUUGUGAUCUGCACAGACAUGGGAGUGGAUUUGACAUUGUAAGCUGUCUUCCCUUUCCAAAAGUGAGCCUCUAUGCCAGCCUUUGCCAAAUGUGUCCCUUCUCCUUUGGUCCUGUGUGAACCCCCAUUACCCCACUGUCGGAGGAGCACUGUGUCUCUGCCUGUCUCCCUCCUGCUGGAAGCUGGGUUACAGAAGUGCCAGUCAGAUGUGGAAAGCUGUCAGCAGGUUCCAAGCCAUUCUGCAGGUUCUUGCUUCCCUGGAGAAACUGUGUUUGAAGGGUCUGCUCCAAAUCCUAGCAAACUGUUUAGUGAUUUCUGAGCAGUUUGGCUAAAUCAAAGGUCCUCCUUUCCAGCUGCAUGUAUCAGCAAGUUGUCCCUGUGCUGUAGGAGCAGAGGGAAAGGCACUUGGCCAUGGCAGGGGAGCUCUGGGUCCUGUUUGCAGUCCCAUGGCAGGUCCUGUCUGAGCUGGUGCUUGGCUUGGGCCCAGACCUGCCCUCCGGGGAGGAACGAAGCACAGGGAAGAUGCAGAAUGGCUCCAGCUGCUGAAGCCCAGCAUGGAGAGGACACGGUGUGGGAGGAGCAGCAGCCAAGGCUGUGCCUAGAAAGCAGCACUGAUGCUGCAGAGCCAUGUAGACUCUGAUGGGACAAACUUAUCUUGAGCUGGAGAGGAGUGCCCGGCACCGGAGUGCUGGGGAGUAUUGGGAAGCAGCAUGUGCCUGCCCUGGGAGAGGGGUGUCUGUGACACCUCAGCUGGCAGCAGAGGAGAGUCUGGCAGUUGGCAAGGUAAUCCCACCUUGCUGCCCUGCUGUAGCUCCCAGGGAUCCUCCUGUGCUGCUUUGCAGCCCAGGCACAGGUCUGUGAGUUGGUCUGGGCUCCAGCAGCCACGAGCACUGUCCCUCCCUUUCCAUGGAGCUUGAGCUCUGGGAGGAUGUUGCUGCCCGUGCUCACUGCGGGCUGGAGCACAGCCCUGUCUGGGGUCAAAUACCACGUCGCCCCAGGCCAUUUCAGUCACUAGAAGUCACCUAAGCCCCUGGCCUGGGAAGCCAGUUACUUCUUUGGGACACUGAAAGACAUGUGGCUUCUCCUAGCCUGCUCCAGCUGGCUCCAGAGCUGGGCAGACACUGUGCAAAGGCCAAGUGGCUCAUGUCAUCUGGUGAAGGACAGAUUCAGUCCUUGCCUCCCCCACAAACAUCACCAGGCCCUGCUGCCCACUGUUUCUGACCCCAAGGACAUGCCUGCCUGCCCCUCUGCAGGCGGAAGGGAUGGGUUGCCACCAAGCCUGCCCUGCGUUGGAGGGAGCAAGCUUGGCUGUCAGCAUGUCCUGGUGACAAGGAUCUGCUGGGGAGGGGAAAGCCCUCUGUAAAAUUUGUUCCCUUAAGAAGGCAGGAGGAGGAGGAAGAGGAUUGGGUUUCUUUGCCCAGCUUGAUCUCAGGAGAAAUGCCCUCUAGGAAGGGUCUUCCAUGCAGACCAGAAAUGCUGCUUCCUUCCAAUACUCAGCUGCUCUCUGGGUGCUUCAGCUGGGGAGAGCAGCGAAGGGGCAGAGGCCCCUGCAGGGAGGUGCUUUGCUGUCCCCUUGUCCUGGGCUCUGGCCCAGCACAACUGGUUUUUCUCUGGGAAGGCUGUGGACAGGCAGAGGGAGUCAGGGAUGGUGGUUCUCUUGCAGAGUGAUGAAGGCCUUGGAGGUCUGGAGGCUCUGAGCAGGAUGGCAGGAAGGGGGCAGACUGGAGGGGCCUGAACCUCCUUGACCAGUGUCUGGGCAAUGAAGCCACCAAGCCCCUGGCAUCAGAGGUCUCUGCCUGGGGACACUUGUCCCUUUCUCCAUGCUGGUGGCUCAUGGGAGGGUGGUGACUCGCUCCUGCUUCCCGUGACCACCCCAUGAGAGCUGCUUGUGCCCUGCAGAGCACCACGGGGAGCUGCACCUCCAGGGUGCUCAGCAGCCACCAAGCCUCGCGGAUGGAGGGGUUUUAGGAGAAAACGCGUUUUAAGGGCAUUUUUGUACAAAGCAACUGUUCUUUGGUCUCUUGCGAAGCCUCUCGGAGGACGCUUUAUUGUUUACAUUGACUCCUGUACAAUAUCCCAGCCAUCGCCUCCCGUCUCGGCCGUACUGUAACGUGUGAGCCUUGCACAAACGGACUGCGUGUGCGUGAAACUGGUUCUACACUGCGUUCUGUUGCACUCGGUGGUGUGUGUGUGUGUGUGUGUGUCUGGUCUGCUUGAGAAGUUGUGACAUGUACAAAUCUCCCCCCUUUCGGCCCUUUCCUGGGGCACGGUCCCAGCGGGUGGCAGGAGGUGACGCCGCUGCCGCUUCGGGGUCACUUGGAUGUUGAACGGAGCAGGGAUUAGCUCCGUGUCCCUCUGCCAGCAAAGGCCUGGUGGAAGGGAACCCGCCCCAGCUCCAGCUGCUCCGGGGACCUCCUGGAAGGAGUGAGCUGCCUGGAAUCCGUGGGCACCGGUGCACUGCACCUGCCCAGGGGGCUCCAAGAGCCUCGCAGCUCUCCCGGCCCGCUGGCAGGAGGAAGCCAUACCCGCUGCAGGUCCCUGCUCCCCGCACGGUGCAUCCUGCCUUAAUCUGGUCCUGGCUCCACGCAAGGCCCCCCCGCUUCUCCCUAAGGGAGGGACCCCCAAGCCCUUGCUGGCACGGGGCAGAGGCUCUGGCCUGGCGCAGGAGUGUCCGGCAGUGCCGCCAGAGGUGCUGCCAGCCCGCGCUGCAGGCAUCUCUGUUGGCACAAGAGAAGGUGCCAGUGCCUUUUAUUUUCCUUUAUGGAGAUGUGACGUCCGUGCGCUGGUUUGUAGGGAUCGCCCAGGGCCGGGCAGCUGGUGGUGGGGUUGCAAAUCAGGGAGGGGAGCGCUUCUGUCUGCCCCUCCUGGAUCUUCCUUGGUGGCUGGGAUCGUCCCCUUUUCCCCUAAAGACUCUAUGACCGAUGUGCUCAGCUGUUUUUAAAUGUGAACUUGUGCACUGAUGUGCAGAUUCAAUGUUAUUGUUACCGAAUGAAUAAAACUUUAUUUUGAAGAUGA